AUGCUCCUAAUAAUAUUGUUCCUAUCGUGUCUUACAGCAAGUCCAAUCAAGCCGUCUCGAGCAGAAACAAUAGAGGAACAUGUACAAUGUUCCAUGGAAAUUAAAGAAUGUUUAAAUUUUGUAUUCGAUAAGCUAGUUGAGCAAUCUGCAGAAUCAUUUGAGUUAUCAGAAAAAUUUGAAGCUAUGCUAGCAAACGUGGCAACAAACACACCCUUUGAUCGUGUAGAAACGCAGCAGAGUUCGAGUUCAGAGUCAUCCUCGGAAUCAUUUGAGCAUAUUCCCAACAAUGCAGCCCAGAAAGUGGCUGUUCUGUUAGCAAAGAUGUACCUUCUAAUGGAUAGCAUUAACCGUACUAUAUCCACUUCAUCCUGUUUUAAACAUCUUCAAUCAAUGGGUGCAGCAACGAUCGAUGCUGCCAAACUACAACAGAACGCAGCUUUUAGCUGUGAAACAUCCCUGAUGGUAUGUUUCGUAUUUCGGGUGCUGCACUGGAUUUAUGUAGAACCUACGUACGAGAUCCUCCAGCUAUUACGCCAUUGGAUAAAGGUAAACUCCUUCAACAGUGGUAUGAGCUAA